AUGUCCGCAACUGAUCUCAACCUGGACGCUGUCCUCACAUUCGCAAAGCAGCUCGCCCGCGAGGUCGGAGCCAUGAUGAAGGAUGGUCAAGAACGCCGUAUGCGCGCCGAAGCCCAGCCCGAGGAAGAGAAAGCGAGCAGCGUCGACCUCGUCACAGAGGUGGAUAAGGCGGUGGAGGCGUAUAUCCGAGAGCAAGUGAGCAAGGCGUAUCCCGAGCACGAAUUUAUCGGCGAAGAGACGUACGAAGGAGAGCCCCUCACGGAAGUUCCGACAUGGAUCAUCGACCCUAUCGACGGUACCGCCAACUUCGUACACGGCCAUCCUGACUGUUGCACCUCCAUCGGACUGACAGUCGGAGGUCAGCCCGUCAUAGGUGUGAUCUACAACCCGUUCUUGGACCACAUCGCGAGUCCUCCAUCUUAUUACGCCGCCAAGGGCAAAGGCGCAUUCUGGAACGAACUCCCUCUUCCUUUGUAUGGCAAGGCACGCCCUUUGCCGUCACUCAGCAAGGCCAUGAUCAUGGUUGACUGCGCAUCCCGCCGGAACCCAUCCGAGCUCCUACCCAAGUUCAAGACCUACCACUCCCUCGCCGCUCGGCCUGAAGAGGGCGGAAAGCUGGUGCAUGGCCUCAGGAUUUCAGGGUCUGCAGCGAUGAGCAUCGCGAUGGCCGCGAGGGGUGCGGUGGACAUGUAUGCUGAAAUCGGGGCGGGCAUCUGCAUCAUGCAGGAAUCGGGCGGGGUCGUUUUCGGCGCCAAGGGGACCGAGCUGGACGGCGAGGUCGACGCUAAGCUGCUCUUUGGCAGAAAGUUCCUCUUCGUGCGCAACAUCGAUCCCGAGGAGGGGGAGACUACGCUCGAGGCGCAACAACGGAUUGCCACCGAAUACUUCUCCGCUGCUGAGGACUUUGACCCUUAG